AUGACAAAGUUACUAUUUGACUCAAGGGCCCCAACUGAUCAAGAACUUGCAAAUUGCCCCCACAUUGAUAUGACCAGCAAAGUGCCUUGGAACCCAGGUACUGUACAACUUGGGAAAGUCUCAAUUGUCCACGAAGACCCAAUAGAUGACCCAAGAUCCAACGAAGCUAGAUUGAGACAAUUGGAUCCAAUCAUGCAAGGAAUGAACAAAUGGCGCACAGUACAGCAGACAAUAGUCGAUGGGGAGAGAUUCUUCCAACAAGUUGGAGGAAUGGACGAUGAUGCACGAUUUGCG